AUGUCCGAACGAGGUUAUCAACGCGGUGGACGCGGUGGCGGUGGUGGUAGAGGCGAUCACAGAGGUGGGCGUGGCGGCGGCGGUGGUGGUAGAGGUGGACAUGCAGGUGGCUCAGGCGAGAGGCCGAAGAAGGAAAAUAUUCUUGACUUGGGGAAAUACAUGGAUAAGAAGAUUACCGUGAAAUUUACUGGUGGGCGCGAAGUAACCGGCACACUAAAAGGCUACGACGCCCUGAUGAACCUAGUCCUCGACGACGUCGACGAAGUGCUUCGCGACGAUGAGGGGAACACAUCGAGUCGGUCGCUAGGUCUGGUUGUGGCGAGAGGAACUCUACUCGUGCUUGUUAGCCCGGUGGAUGGGAGCGAGGAGAUUGCGAAUCCCUUCGUGCAGGCUGAGGAAUGA